AUGGCAAACGAACAAACUGUGCCGCUGGACCAUCUAGUCCCCUCCCUUCUCCCGCGCGUCUACGACUUCUGGUUCCAGUACAUCCCCUCAGACGAGCGACUCGUCGUCCCCUCCCCCGAAGACUGGAAGAGAUGGUUCAUGAAAUCCGACGAGUUUGACGGCGCAUGCACGUCCCAAUUCUCACCCCUCCUCGCCGCCAUUCGCAAGGCCAGCCCCUCCGCAGAGGAGAUCCUAUCUCGAACUCAGCCCUCCAGCCCGCAAGACUGGCUCGGCCUCAUCCUCCUGCUCGACCAACUCCCCCGCAACAUCUACCGGGCCGAGUCCUCCCGCACCGUCUUUGAAUUCUUCGACCCGCUCGCGCGAACCAUCGCCCUCAGGGCCGCGGACGCGGGAUACCCAUCCCGCGGCCCCUUCCGCUACCGCCAGGCCCAGCGCAUAUGGUUCUACCUGCCCUUCAUCCACUCCGAGGACCUACGUAUGCAGGAACUCGCGCGAGCCAAGUACCAGGAGAUGGCGGGGGAGAUCACCCGUCUCCUUGACGGGGAUCCGACGGCGUUAUCCGACGACGAGCGGGCGUGCCGUCGCGUUCUUGUGGAGAAUCGGGAGCGGGUGGAGGCGCAGCUGACGCUGCAUUUCCGGGUGCAGAGGGAGCAUUAUGACCCCGUUGCGAGGUUCGGGCGGUUUCCGCAUCGGAAUGCGGCGCUGGGGAGGGUGUCUAGUGAGGAGGAGAAGAGGUUUGUGGAGGAGGGGAAUACGUUUGGGCAAUGA